CCGGUGGUAUCAAAGGAAGAAAAUGCACAACACACAAAGAGGUCAAACAUUAGAACAUAGCUUUGUCAUCUUACAAGUAAGAGAAGAACAAGAACAAGCUCAACAACCCAAAAUUUCUUCUUCUAAUUUCAAGUUAAACUUUUCAACAAUGAAACUCAUUAAUCGUUUCCGCAAGGUCCUAAUGCGUUUUGUAUUCCCAUCUAAUUCUUCUCAUCAUAGGUCAUCAGCAGAUUCAUCAAGGCAUAGAAACUCUUCUGAAAGAUUUGAACCACCAAAGACUUCAUGUAGUUCAUAUUACUCAUCUUAUUCUCAUUACAAUGAGGCUAUUUCUGAUUGCAUUGAGUUUUUCAACAAAGAGGGUGUUUUGGAUGGGAGAAAAUCAUCCGAUGUUAAUGUGUAACACUCUUUUUCAUGUCUUUUACCAACCAUAUGCUUAUGCGAAUCUUUGUCGGCCAGGUCUCGAACUGAGUGCCUCGAGAUUGAAGAGUGAAAUCCACAACCAAGUGACCUCUCGAGAGACAGGCUAUGCUUAUGCUACUCCAAUGUAUAUGUGAGCUCUCAUUCAUUAAUUUCUUCAUAUGACCAUUUGGCUAUUUUGUUGUUAUUUUAUUAUAUUAUCAUUUUCAUUUGUUUUGAUUAUAUGCU